AUGGUAAAGGCAUCUCUUGUCCUCCGCGGCGUGGAUCAUGAUGACUCGAUAAUGGCUCAGGAGAUGCCGAAUAUCGGGAUGCUCUGGGACACUGGUGCGCAGAGCACAAUCAUAUCAGAGGAUCUCGUAUCAGACGACUUUAAAAAAUACCUUGCGCAACCUGCACACGACCCCUAUCGGAACAAAGAUGCGACUAGGGUACAGAUCGAUGUCCGAAUAGCUUUAAGCAAUACAGAAAUCGAGAUAGACGCAAUUGGUUCUGUGGUACCGAAGGAGCAGAUCCCCAAUCAGACUUCCUUUGUUAUUUUCGGUCAGCGUCAGUGCAUCAAUUCGAUCCAUUAUAGCAGUGUCCCGCGUGCCAUUCUGAUGGCUAAAGGCAGAGAUAUCAGUGAGGAAGUCUGGGGAGAAAUCGUUGUUUACGAGUAUGUCAACGAUCUGGGAGACUUGAUCUCCGUUGGGGAUGUGGAGGAGACAGGAGACAGCGGGGAUGAGGGGAGGGCUAUGUGA